AUGUCGCUCCAUAGAGAAAAAGUCAGCUUGGCAGAAUUGCCACACACAUACGAUAAGCCUAUUCCCUUGGCUGUUAUUGGUGGCACAGGUCUUUACGACUUGCCCAACUUGAAGCCCGUGGCGAGACUCACCGUUUCCACACCUUGGGGAUUCCCAUCGGCGCCAAUCACCGUUUCGGUCACAGAGAGCGGCCACGCCAUUGCGUUUUUGGCGCGCCACGGCCCACACCACGACUUGUUGCCUUCUGACGUGCCUUCUCGCGCCAACAUAGCUGCGUUGAAGAAGAUUGGUGUCAAGGCCAUCAUUGCCUUUUCUGCGGUGGGCUCGUUGCAGCCCGAGAUCCGCCCGCGCGACUUUGUUGUGCCAACCCAGAUCAUUGACCGUACCAAAGGCAUCCGUCCAUCAACCUUCUUUGAAAAAGGUUUCGUGGCCCAUGCCAUGUUUGGCGAGCCUUUCGACGUGAAGCUCAACCGCAUCAUCUCGGACGCCAUUCCUGCCACAGGCUUCUUGGAUGCUUUUGACUCAGCUGCCGAGCCAAAGUUGCACACCAAGCACCACACCAACAACGGCGAAGACUUGACUGUGGUGUGCAUGGAGGGUCCCCAAUUCAGCACCAGAGCCGAAUCUCGUCUCUACCGCACAUGGGGUGGCUCUGUGAUCAACAUGUCCGUGUUGCCAGAGGCCAAGUUGGCUCGUGAGGCUGAAAUUGCCUACCAGAUGAUUUGUAUGUCCACCGACUACGACUCGUGGAACGAAAGCGAGGAACCAGUGACUGUGGAGACAGUGGUGGGAAACUUGAAGGCCAACUCGGCCAACGCAUGCAAGGUUGCUGCUAAGUUGAUUGAUGUUGUGUCGGACGACUUGUACAGCGGAAAGUCUGGCUUGGCUGCGGACUUGGAGGGUUCCAUGAAGUAUGCGGUCAGCACCAGCACCCACGGUGUCAAGAAGGAGUUGUUGGAGAAGAUGCACUACUUGUUCCCAGGAUACUGGCCAGUGCAGUAG